ACAAAAUCCCCCAAAUCCCUCUUUCUACCUCUCUCUUCCCCCUUUCUGUCUCUCUCUUCCCUUCCCCUCUCUCUCUCUCUCUCAAACGCCUCUCCCCAAUCUCUCUCCGAAUCCCCGCUCCCAUCGCUGUUUUCCGGCACCGUAAUCCCACCGGAACCGACCUAGUUUUCAGAUUCCGGUCAUCGGUUUUCAUCGUUUGUUUCCCAAACGCGCAAAACUCCCUCUUUUCGAUUUUUGGUUCUAUCGCCUUCUUUUUCUUUUUCCAAAAUUUUUUUGGGUUGGAUUUUACUAUUUUAACCUUUGUCUUUCGCUUUAUUAACCUCGUUAACCGUAUCACGCCCUCUCUCUGAUUUGUCGUAUUUUACGGUAAACAACGAAGCUGCUUGCUGCUGACGUGUCACAUUAGCUGAGCGAGUCCCCAAAUGAAUCACCAUCGAGUUUUGACGCCUGGGGCGUCGAGAAAGCGAAAAGAGAGAGACGAGUUUGACGCCCCUAAGGUGUCAACAACAACAGUAUCGGAGAUGAUGACGCCGAACAAUCGGCUCUUAGCCGGCUACCUAGCGCACGAGUUUCUGACCAAGGGCACACUCUUCGGCGAGACGUGGGACCCGGCUCGAGCCGAAGCGGUCGCGCCAACGCCAACGCCAGCAGCCGCUGUAACGAGAAAGCCGAUUCGCAACCCAGUCCGAACCGAUCCAAAAGCCACGCCGAAGCCUCGAGCCUAUGCUGAUGUGGCACACCUCCUCAAGACAGAUGGGGCCCACAUCGAAGGCAUCGUCAAUCCCACGCAGCUGGGUCGGUGGCUCCAGAUGUAAAAAAAAAAAGGCGGGUCCCAACUGUACACGUGUCUUCCAUCAAUUGGAUGAGUUUCAAUUGGAGCGAACCACGUAAGGCUGACUUCCGUCACCUUUUCUCCCCUCUCAGUGCAGAGGUGCGUCCGACCCCUUGAAAAAACAAUUCGAGAUAUGCAACGAAGGGAGGAAAUUUUCAUUUAAUUUUGUUUUUCCCUUUCUUUGUAGUCUUUAAAAUGUAAAAUUACAAGAUCGUUUUCUGCCAAAUCAUUUCCUCUCAUUCCAUUUC